AAGCUGUGAGGCCCGAGGUUCUGCAUUUGUCCCGGCGCGCUUGUCUUCGGGCGGCGCUGUGGGGCCUGGCAUCAUGCCGUGGGGAGCGGCGAAUGCUGCGGCUGGUGGGACGAAGCCCGCCGGAGGCGCAGUGGCGCCACCGGGCCAAGCAGGCGGGGAAGGGAAGACCACGUACAGGGUGACAACCAUGUCCAAGGACAAGGGCGCGGAAGUGCAGAUCCUGUUAGGCACCUACACGGAGCAGGGUACGAACCACGGGCGGAAGACGUACAAGAAAAGCGAGGCGAUCCCUGGGCACCCCGGGGUCAACGUCUUCCUCUACUUCUGGGACGCCCGCGACGGCGCCGACUUCUCCGGCUGGUGGUUCGGGGACCAGAUCGGCGGCUCCCAGGUCUGGGCUCGCUGCGCCUCCCAGUCCACCGACGUGCCCAACGCCAACUGGCUGGUGCCCUGGGACGCCGCCAAGGCCGAGCCUGGCCUCCUCCAGGUCACCAAGGGCGCGGCGCCCGCGGCAGGUGGCUUGACUCCCGGGGGCAUGAAGCCGCAGGGCGGCACGGGCACCGUCAUGGCGCCGCCCCAGAAGCCAGAAUCGCCAGAGCAGGCCGCCGAGCGCGCAGCCAGCUGCAAGGCGAAGAUCGAGAAGCUGGAUGGUGUGCUGAAAGCGCUAGUCGGCAAUGCCAAGGAGAAGAUGGAGGCAGGAGACAUCACCGCGAUGACUGAGAUUUUCCCUAAACUCCAGGAGCAGCAGAAGUCCCAGCAGGAGGAUCAGAAGAUGCUCGCGACGGAGCUCGCUAUCGUCAGAAGAGGUGGGAUGCCGUGCCAGGCCUCCGCCACAGAGAUUCUCGAUCAGAUCAAGGCCAUGAACGGCCUGAACUCUCUGCUCAAGACCACGAUGAAUCAGCUGCAGGCCAAGAUCCCGAAGCCGAAAACGCCUCAGGAGAUCGAAAAGGAGACAAAGGACACGGCGGACUACGAGGAACACCUCCCAGCCGUCCAGGAGGCUGUCAGCGCCGUCAAGGCCGGGCUGGACGUCACGACAAACAUGGCAACCACCAUCGUCGACGAGGAGCCGGAGGAGGGCGAGGCCCUCACAGAAAAGCUGGAGGAGAUCGAGGCUGCCGCGAAGGAGUCCCAUGCCAAGAUCACAGAGGUGCGAACGAAGCUGAACACGCAGAUGCAGAGCGCGAGAAAGUACGCUCCCGACGUGCAGAAAGUUGCGCUCAAGGAGUACACCUCCCUCCAGCAGCAGCUGACGGAGGCCCAGAAGGCGAUCAACACGUACAAAAACUUCAAGAAGGAGUUCACAGCCCAGGUGACCGCCAAGAAGGCCAUGGGGGAGUUCGUGGGCAAGUUCGCCGAGAUCGAGGCGGAGGUCGAGAAGGCGA